AUGCAUCGAAUCAGCCCCCGCAUCCCCGCCGAACCCCUGGACUGGACGCUCCGUGAUUACAAGUGGGCGACCCCGAGCGACACCAGCGCAUUCUUCAUGCCCUUGCUCUUUGUCCGCUUCGCGUCGCGACCACCAGAUGCCAGCCGCAUGCAGGCGCGCGACAGCCCCGAGCCCAGGGUCGACAUUGUCCAGAGCAGCCCCAAGGCCAGGGUCGACACAGUCCAGAGCAGCCCUGAGCUUAGGGUCGACACUGUCCAGAGCAGCCCUGAGCCCAGGGUCAACAUUGUCCAGAGCAGCCCUGAGCCCAGGGUCGACAUUGUCCAGAGCAGCCCCAAGGCCAGGGUUGACACAGUCCAGAAGCAGCCCAAGGCCAGGGUUGACACAGUCCAAAACAGCCCUGAGCCCAGGGUCGACACUGUCCAGAGCAGCCCUGAGCCCAGGGUCAACAUUGUCCAGAGCAGCCCUGAGCCCAGGGUCGACAUUGUCCAGAGCAGCCCCAAGGCCAGGGUUGACACAGUCCAGAGCAGCCCUGAGCCCAGGGUCGACACUGUCCAGAGCAGUCUCGAGCCCAGGGUCGACAUUGUCCAGAGCAGCCCCAAGGCCAGGGUUGACACAGUCCAGAGCAGCCCUGAGCCUAGGGUCGACACUGUCCAGAGCAGCCCUGAGCCCAGGGUCAACAUUGUCCAGAGCAGCCCCAAGGCCAGGGUUGACACAGUCCAGAGCAGCCCUGAGCCUAGGGUCGACACUGUCCAGAGCAGCCCUGAGCCCAGGGUCGACACUGUCCAGAGCAGUCUCGAGCCCAGGGUCGACAUUGUCCAGAGCAGCCCCAAGGCCAGGGUUGACACAGUCCAGAGUAGCCCUGAGCCUAGGGUCGACACUGUCCAGAGCAGCCCUGAGCCCAGGGUCAACAUUGUCCAGAGCAGCCCUGAGCCUAGGGUCGACACUGUCCAGAGCAGCCCUGAGCCCAGGGUCGACAUUGUCCAGAGCAGCCCCAAGGCCAGGGUUGACACUGUCCAGAGCAGCCCUGAGCCCAGGGUCGACACUGUCCAGAGCAGUCUCGAGCCCAGGGUCGACAUUGUCCAGAGCAGCCCCAAGGCCAGGGUUGACACAGUCCAGAGCAGCCCUGAGCCCAGGGUCGACAUUGUCCAGAGCAGCCCCAAGGCCAGGGUUGACACUGUCCAGAGCAGUCCUGAGCCCAGGGUCGACACUGUCCAGAGCAGUCUCGAGCCCAGGGUCGACAUUGUCCAGAGCAGUCCGAAGGCCAGGGUUGACACAGUCCAGAGCAGCCCUGAGCCUAGGGUCGACACUGUCCAGAGCAGCCCUGAGCCCAGGGUCAACAUUGUCCAGAGCAGCCCUGAGCCCAGGGUCGACAUUGUCCAGAGCAGCCCCAAGGCCAGGGUUGACACAGUCCAGAGCAGCCCUGAGCCUAGGGUCGACAUUGUCCAGAGCAGCCCUGAUCCCAGGGUCAACAUUGUCCAGAGAAGCCCCAAGGCCAGGGUUGACACAGUCCAGAGCAGCCCUGAGCCCAGGAUCGACACUGUCCAGAGCAGCCCUGAGCCCAGGUUUAACAUUGUCCAGAGCAGCCCCAAGGCCAGGGUUGACACAGUCCAGAGCAGCCCUGAGCCCAGGAUCGACACUGUCCAGAGCAGCCCUGAGCCCAGGGUCAACAUUGUCCAGAGCAGCCCCAAGGCCAUGGUUGACACAGUCCAGAGCAGCCCUGAGCCUAGGGUCGACACUGUCCAGAGCAGCCCUGAGCCCAGGGUCGACAUUGUCCAGAGCAGCCCUGAGCCCAGGGUCGACAUUGUCCAGAGCAGCCCUGAGCCCAGGGUCAACAUUGUCCAGAGCAGUCUCGAGCCCGAGCUCACACUCGCGCACUCGCUCCCGUCGAGGUCGUCCCGCGAGUCCGCGCACUCGUCGCCCGAGUGCCUCGGUGGCGCCCUCCCCUCUCCUCAACGUCCGGGCUCCUCGCUCGACCCUCGUCUGCGCCCAGCGCUCCUGGCGGCUGUUUCCGUCGACAGCCCGUGA